AUGUCAUCCCAAGAGGAACAACUAGAAGAGUGGCAUGCAUCAAAAGAUGUUAUUGAGUAUGCCAUAAAAUCUCUUGAUUCCAAAAACAUACUACAGAGUGUCGAGGCAUUGAUUGAUGUUAAUCUAUUAAGGCACCAACGUCUCUUGGUAGCUACAGUACUCGGAGUACAGUGUGAGACAGACAAAGCUGCAGCAUUGGCUGCUCUAGUGAAGAUCCUUAAUGGCUUCAUUCCAUCUAUUGGGUAUAUGACUGGCAGGGAAUGUGUUUUGAGGUUAGUCGAUGGGAUAUUUAGGAAAGAUUCUACGGUGUACUACAAUAUGAUCGAGUUACUUUCAUUUCUAAUUCGAGAUGAAGUGAUGAGCGAAGGUGUUGCAUUUGCGCUAAUAUAUUUCUUACUGGGGGAGGCGAACGAUGAGAGUAUUUCCAUAGUAUGCUAUAUUAUGUGCUCUUUUGGUAAGCUUUUACAAGAGUUUGAUAAAGAGUCAGAAGCAGACAUCGCUGAGAAACUACGUGUGAUAUAUGAGAAUCCUCAUACGAACAAGGAGACGUACAGUGCACUAAGCAAAUUUUUCGACAAAAGGCGACUAAUGUACAAUGGCCAGCAAUGGAAUAUUGACUUUCCUUUUGUCGAAUCCAACGUACAUAAUAUAGUUGUGGAUUUCUCUACACAAACGCCAUGCAUAGAUCUAGAUACGUUCAAAGUAGAUGAAGAUCCAGAACAAACGAAUGUUAAGUACAGUGGGAUCAGGGCAGAAAUAAUAGAAGCUUUUUUUGAGAAGAAAGAGAAUAAAAGCAGCAUCAAUGAUAUGACGGAUGCAGACAAAACAGCAUUCAAGAAGAAAAUAUAUUUAAUCCUAAAAGGUUCGUUAUCUGGUGAUGAAGCAGCCCAUAAAAUUCUUAAAUUAAAAUUAAAGGCACCAGAAAAAACGCUAGUCGCAGAUAUUGUAGCGAGGGCUUGUUCACAAGAAGCUACCUAUUCCAAAUUUUAUGGUAUAUUAACUGAAAGAUUAUGCUCAUUUCAUGAUUCCUGGAGGAAUAGCUUUGCAAACACAUUCUACAAUGAUUAUGAAUGCAUGUCGGAUAACGACCCGUCGAACAUCCGUAAUCUUGGUAAAUUUUGGGGUCACGCUUUGGCUACCGACUGUAUUCCAUUCGAGGUAUUUAAAGCCGUCCAUAUGAACGAGAGAGAUUCCAACGCUGCAAACAGAGUGUUCCUAAAAUUCUUAUUUCAUGAGUUAGUUUUGGACAUGGGAAUCGACAAGCUCAAGAGCAAAUUCGAUGAACCAGACUUGCAAGAUCAUCUAGUAAACCUUUUCCCCAAUAAAGAAUAUGAUGAUAUCAUGUUUUCAAUCAAUUAUUUCACAGCCAUUGGAUUAGGACCCUUGACGGAUAGAAUGAGAAGUACACUACAAAAAUUUGAAGAAGAGAGAAGAGAGAGAUAUUCCAAUGCUAUCCGAAAUAGUGAAUUGGAAGACAAGGAAAACGUAAGGACUCCAAGGAUGCAUCCAGAUAGACUUCGCAGAAAUCGGUCAAGAUCACCAAUUGGACGCCGUAACAGAUCUAGAACCCCGCCAAGGAGACGUAGAUAA